AGAAAAAGCGAGCGCAAACGUUUGGCGGGAUCUUUCCACCAUGAUCGGCUCAGAACAGGAGGCCCUGAUUGACCGAGUGUUUGACACAUAUUUAACAGAGCAUCAUCAUGAAGACAUACUGCAGCACGUUGCAGAUACACACGAUGAAGGCACACAUCAUCACUCGGUGGUGGUUAAUGCCAUGACUCUGUUUGAAGCCAACAUGGAGGUUCUGGAGUAUGAGCGUGACUACAUGUGCAUAAAGUGUAAGCACGUGUUUAAGCUGCAGGCUGAUUUUGACCAGUUCUACGCCUUUGUCCCUCCGGUGGGCUGCCCCAACCCUGCUGGUUGUAACUCCUUUAAAUUCAGUAGUCUGUCUGGAGGGUCAGAACCGGCUUCCUGCAGGGACUAUCAGGAGAUCAAGAUACAAGAGCAAGUGCAGAGGCUGUCUGUGGGCAGUAUUCCUCGCUCUUUAGUGGUGGUUCUGGAGGAUGACCUGGUUGACAGUUGUAAGUCUGGAGAUGAUGUAACGGUGUAUGGGGUUGUAUGUCUCCGCUGGAAGCCCUUUUCCGAUGGUGUCCGCUGCGAUGUGGAGCUUGUCCUUAAAGCAAACUACAUUGAAGUAAACAACCAGCAGGCUGCAGCUUCUCUCUUUGUUAAAGAUGUUCAGAAAGAAUUUGAGGAGUUCUGGGAAAGCUACAAGGCUGACCCUUUAAGUGGUAGAAACCAGAUUUUGUUGAGUCUGUGCCCGCAGGUUUUUGGCAUGUAUGUGGUUAAAUUGGCUGUGGCCAUGGUUCUGGCUGGUGGAGUGCAGAGAACCGAUUCUUCUGGGACCAAGAUCAGAGGAGAGUGCCACAUGUUGCUGGUUGGUGAUCCUGGUACCGGGAAGUCUCAAUUUCUGAAGUAUGCAGUUAAGAUCAUAUCUCGCUCCGUGCUUACAGCUGGAAUCGGAUCCACAAGUGCAGGUCUGACAGUGGCUGCAGUGAAAGAUGGAGGUGACUGGCACCUGGAGGCAGGAGCCUUGGUUCUGUCUGAUGGUGGCUUGUGCUGCAUCGAUGAAUUCAACAGCAUCAAGGAGCAUGAUCGCAUCAGUAUUCAUGAAGCUAUGGAGCAGCAGUCAAUCAGUGUGGCCAAAGCUGGGAUGGUGUGUAAGCUGAACACUCGCACCUCCAUUCUUGCUGCAACCAACCCUAAAGGACAAUACGACUCCAGUGAGCCUCUCUCUGUAAAUGUAGCUCUGGCCAGCCCGUUGUUAAGUCGCUUUGACCUGGUUCUGGUUCUACAGGAUACCAGGAAUGCUGAGUGGGACCGUAUCAUAUCAUCUUUUAUUCUAGAGGACAGAGAGCCACCUGUUGAGUCUUCUGCCCUCUGGUCCAUGGAGAAGAUGAAGGCUUAUUUCAGUGUGAUCAAAAGGUUGCAGCCGCAGGUGUCCGAGCAGGCCAAAUGGAUCCUGACUCGUUAUUAUCAGCUGCAGCGACAGCGUGAUGAUCGUAACGCUGCCAGAACAACUAUUCGCAUGCUGGAGAGUCUGAGCAGACUGGCUGAAGCUCACGCCAGACUAAUGUUCAGGGAGACAGUAACCAUAGAGGAUGCCAUUACUGCCGUCUCUGUCAUGGAGUGCUCCAUGCAGACUGCCCUCCUGCCGGCCUCGGAUUCCGGCUGCUGGAGGACCGCUAACGGGAGCUAG